AUGGCGGCUCCGAACGUCCACACAGCUGUGGAGACGUGCAGAACCAUCGGAACAGCAAUUGUGCUCAUUGUGUCCGGUGCGUUUUCUGAAGUGGUGAUGGCUCGGGAGAAGUCCACAGGGAAGAUGGUGGCAAUCAAGUGCAUCCCCAAAAAAGCGCUCAAGGGGAAGGAGACGAGUAUCGAGAACGAAAUCGCCGUCCUGAGGAAGAUAAAGCACGAGAACAUAGUGGCUCUGGAGGACAUCUAUGAGAGCUCCAAUCACCUGUACCUCAUAAUGCAGUUGGUGUCUGGAGGGGAGCUGUUUGAUCGCAUUGUGGAAAAGGGCUUCUACACAGAGAUGGACGCCAGUCGACUCAUCCGGCAGGUGUUGGAUGCAGUCAACUAUCUACACUCCAUGGGCAUAGUGCACAGAGACCUAAAGCCUGAGAACCUGCUUUACUUCAGUCCUCACGAUGACUCGAAGAUCAUGAUAAGUGACUUUGGCCUGUCUAAGAUGGAAGGCACGGGGGGCGUGAUGGCAACGGCCUGUGGGACUCCUGGAUACGUAGCCCCUGAGGUUUUGGCACAGAAACCUUACAGCAAAGCUGUGGACUGCUGGUCCAUUGGGGUCAUCGCUUACAUCCUGCUCUGUGGUUACCCUCCGUUCUACGACGAGAACGAUUCCAAGCUCUUUGAGCAGAUUCUCAAGGCGGACUACGAGUUUGAUGCACCAUAUUGGGAUGACAUUUCGGACUCAGCCAAAGACUUCAUCAGCUGCCUAAUGGAGAAGGACCCUGAGAAGAGAUUCACAUGUGAUCAGGCUCUCGAGCACCCCUGGAUUGCUGGAGACACUGCUCUCUGCAAGAACAUACAUGAAUCAGUCAGCCGACAGAUGCGGAAAAACUUUGCUAAAAGCAAAUGGAGGCAAGCGUUUAACGCCACAGCUGUGAUCCGCCACAUGAGGCGCCUGCAGCUGGGCACCAGCUUUGGCAGCAGCAUCCAAAGCAGCAACUCGGUGUCGAGCCCCCAGAGCCGCGCUCCGGCCAAGAGCCAGUCUGUGGACUGCACCCCGCUCUCCCUGAAGGACUCCCCCCCCAUAGCUCCCCUGCCGUCUGCUGUUAAAGCUCACAGUCAGGACUCGGACGCUCCUGCUGCUGGGACGCGGGACGAGCCCCCGGCGGCGGCCGACCCCUCUCGGCCGCGACCGUCCACUGUGACCGUCAUCCACACUGGGACUAAAUGA